AGCUAGAUAUCGAAGUGAAGUGAAAUAUGAAACAGAAAAUGAAUUUUGUUGAUUGUAAAUGGUCGUCUGGUCUUCAAUUACUACAAUCUAAACUAUUAAUUUCCAAUCAUGAAAGAAUAUAACAGAUUUUUUAUUCUACAAUUAAUGAGUUAUAUUUAUCUACUUACAUAACAAAUACGUACCGUUUGUAAACAAUUUAUAAUCAACCGGUAUUUUUAUACACUCGUGAUAUGUGGCUGUGCUGUCGUUCCACCUUGUUAUUGUAUAUUUGUUACUAAAAGUUUCUCACUGCUUUGAAUUUUUCAAGAUUUUAUAAUAUGUCUGACAAUUGUGUAAGAUAUGAGUUGCACGAAGGGGUUUUUAAAAACGACCUUAAAAGAGUAGCUUCUAGUCUUAGGACUCACGACGUUGCCCAAAAAGAUAUACAUGGAAACACACCUCUUCAUCUGGCUGUUCUAAAAGGAUACAAAGAUAUUGUUCAAUUAUUGCUGUCGCAUAAUGCCCCAGUAAAAGUUAAAAAUAACCUGGGCUGGAGUCCUUUAGCUGAAGCAAUAAGUUUUGGUGAUCGUCAAACCAUAUCAUCUCUUCUUCGUAAAAUGAAACAACAGUCCAGAGAGGCAAUUGAAACUCGAAGGCCUGACCUUAUUUCUGCUUUAGAACAGAUGGGAAAUUUUUACAUGGAACUAAAAUGGGAUUUCAAAAGCUGGGUGCCAUUGGUGUCAAAAAUUUUACCAUCUGAUAUUUGUCGGAUCCAUAAAAAAGGAUCAAACAUCAGGCUUGACACGACUCUUAUAGACUUCAAUGAUAUGAAGUGGGAGCGUGGCGACAUUAGUUUUUUAUUUUCAGGUGAUAACAAACCCUCUAAGUCAUUAGUUGUUUUGAACAACAAAUUGAAAGUUUAUCAAGAAAUUCGAUAUGAGGAAACUGAAGCUGAGUUUGAAGAAGAGGUCGAUGUUUUAAUGAGUAGUGAUAUUGUGGCUGCACAAAUAUCCACCAAAUCCAUCACUUUUACUCGAGCUCAGUGUGGUUGGCUUUUUAGAGAAGACAAAACCGAAAUGAUUGGUCCGUUUCUUGCUGAUAUUUAUACUAUAAAUGGUGUUUAUCUGGAAUCUAGAAAGAGGCGAGAACAUUUAACUGAUGAAGAUUUACAUAAAAAUAAGGCCCUACUUGAAGGAAUCACUAGGAGUGGCAAUAUAAAUUUAGAUAAUGCUGAGAUUCAGCGCAGGAAAUCACUUCCACCCCCAAAAGUUCCACCCAUUGCUUGGGAAGAAUACAUAAACUACAAUGAUAAAUAUGUUCAUAUUGGAAGGCCUUUAGUAUAUAAAGAAAGCAGGAAGCAUUUCAAGGCAACUGUUGCAAUGUCUGAAGAUUUCCCCCUGUCUGUGGAAUCGCUUCUAAAUGUGUUAGAGGUUGUUGCUCCUUUCAAGCAUUUCAAAAAAUUGAGGGACUUUGUUCGAAUGAAACUGCCCGUUGGUUUCCCUGUAAAAAUAGAUAUCCCCAUUGUUCCCACUUUGACAGCUUGUAUCACAUUCCAGGAUUUCCAGUUUAAUGUUGAGAUACCUGACCACUACUUUGAAAUUCCCUCUGAUUAUACUGAGGAUCCUACUCGAUUUCCUGAUUUAUGAUUAACGUACUCGUUUCCUGGCCCUAUCUCUCUUGAACUUGCACUGAUGUUUGUGUAAAGAAAAUAACCCUGUGCCCUCAUUUUUUUUUCUUAUUUAUUAUCCACUCUCACCAAUUGAUAUUUACCUGUGUCCAAUCAAUAUCAAUCAAAUAACAGAGCUCAAUCAUUUGCGUAUUGCCAUUAAUCAAGAAGCUAUCGGUUUUUCAUGUACAGGUUUAGAUUAAAGUGUCUUGAACAUGCGAUUUA